ACGUUCUUUAUAACAAUGUAUGAAUUGGGCAAUAUUUUCAUCGAAGGUGAAACUGUUGGCCUGUAUUUUAAGCAUAAAAAAUUGACAACAACAACGAAAGAAAAAAAUUCUAAUCCAAAACGAAAUUUAUUUUUUUCUGGAUUAAAAAAAAUGUCGAUCAAAGAAUUAUUAGCAUUGGAUAAAUUGCAACGAUUUUUUCGUACCAUUCAACAUAAUGGUGGAGUGAUUAAUUCGAUUAAAAAACUUUAUCGUUAUGAUGUCGUUAAAAUCGGUACAUUAAUUGGUACAGAUAAAUAUGGUAAUCGUUAUUAUGAAAAUAAUGAAUUUAUGCAUGGUGCAAAUCGUUGGAUUGAAUAUGCUGAUCGUGUACAUUUGGAUUAUGAUGCAAGUCAGAUACCGGCCGAAUGGCAUGGUUGGCUACAUUAUAUGACCGAUAUACCACCAACAAAAGCACAAUAUUCUCGACAUCGAUGGAUGAUUGAUCAUCAAGAAAACAUGACCGGUACACGUUAUCAAUAUGUACCGUAUUCAACAACACCGCCGAAAAUUCAAAGCUGGCAGCCAAGUCAAACAUCAUCAUCACAGCAACCGCAACUUAAAUGAAUUCAGAUAAAAAUUGCAAAAUUUUAAUUGCCAAUUAAAAAUUCUAGUUAAAAGAUUUAUUGUAAAAUAAAAACAAAUAUAAACCAGA